UGAAGAUCCGACAAAAGUAAACUUAUUGUUUCAUGGGUAUCGUAGCCCCAUAUUUCUCUUUCGAAUGGUGAAAACCGCACCUCUCUAUCUAUCACCGUUCCGGAGCUAUAAGGUCAACACUGACGGGGCUUACUAUUUUGAAAUGGAUAGUAGAGAAAAAUGCGACCUGUACACCAUUUAGGCUAACGUUUCUCGAAAAAACAAAACGAAAACCAUUUUUCUGAAAUAGCCUGUUUUAAAGCUCUUUCAAUUCUCUACAAACUGAUGUUUUCAUUCAUCUUUGUAUGUAUGUUUGAUCACAAGGAUUUGACAGGAAUGAGGAAAAUCUGUUCAAGAUACAGCGGGUCCAAAAAAUUAUUCGUUCAUCUUUCUUUUUCAUUUUUCUCGUCGACCAUAGUAGCUAGAACAAAUCUGAACAAAGCUUUGUACAGCCGAAAGAAUAACUAAUCUGUUGAGAUAUACAUAGAGAUUCUAUCGGAACGUCGGAAACCAGGGUCUCUGGAAAACCCAAAUCUUAGAAAACCAAGUCCCCCUAUUGGAUCUAGAAAUUUUCCCAAAUAAUUUUGCCAUAUAAAGCAAACAUUUCUGAACAAAAUGAGACGUCUGUUUUGACCGAAAAUCACCAUUUCUGAGGGGGGAGGCCCUUAAGAGGUUUGGUUGAAGAUCUGUUUAUUUCUAACACAUCUAGCAUCAAUACGGCGAAAAAUUCUUGACGAAUUUAAAAAAAAUCCGACGAAAGCUAAUCUGAACCUUAAUGACGAUACAAAUUCAGAUGACGAUGGUACCGAUAUAAACUCUGCCGAAUCAGAGGUAGAUCAUGACUCGGACAAUAGUGAUAAAGAGAAGAAAAUGGAAAAUGAUUUUUGCUCAAACAAUGAUAAAAACGAAGACACCUUUUUAAGCAAUGAUUUAUGUGACAAAUACUGCACAAAUGAAGAUAAACUACCACAAUCAUCUAACUGUAAUGAAGAUGGUAAUCGAACAACAUAUUAUCCGUAUUUAGAGAAAUUUGAAGAAGAUUAUAUCUCACCAAAAUGUGGAGCGACAAUAGCGGAUUGGGCAGAAAAUUUUCAAUAUUCGGGGGAGUAUUAUCUCAAUGAUCUGACUGUCGUUGAUCCAGAAACACAUAAAAUAGAAAAAAAGUUAGUAGCAUAUUGUGGUUAUCCACGAAAAGUCAAAAAGAGUGAAUUUGUUCAUGGUGUUCCAACAGUGUGCAUCUUGAAUUUGGAUCAGGCUGGACCUACGAUCGACAAAAUUCCAGAAAAACUUAAGAUCGGCAAUAACAUGUAUACGCUGAGAGGUUUGACGGUGCAUCGUGGAGCUGCGAGUUACCGUACACAAGAAAGAUAUGCGACAAACCAGAACGUUAUGUUGGGAGGCCACUUUACAUCGUUGCUGAGAAUUGACAAUACAUAUUAUGAGUAUGACGAUAUAGGAUGCACACUGAAGAAGUUUAAAAGUACACAACGUGGUACUCAGUAUGAAUCGGCCAUUUAUGCAUUAUAA